AUGUGUGACCAGUCUGUCUCCUGGAGCGGCUGGUAUCGUCUCUUCAUUAACAACACUAGCGCUCAUAUCUCAGACACGUGUGUUGCGAGGUACAGCUGUGGCACUAAUGUCGCACUGUGGAUCCGUGGUGGACACCCAACAGUAACAGAUGGAGUCGUCACUCGAGAUGUCUGCGGUCAAGCUGACAAUUACUGCUGCCUUAUCGGGUCUUUUCCCAUUAAAGUCAAAGCCUGUCCAGGAGAUUAUUAUGUCUAUGAGCUGGUCAGACCAACUAUCUGUCCUUCAGCAUACUGUGCAGACACUGGCAGCAUUAACACCAGCUCUACAACUGUCACACCAGUGACCAUCUCACCUGACCCCUGCAACAACUACACUGUGCUGGACAAUCCAUGGAGAUCCAUCAGUAAUGGACGUGGCUCAGUGUGUGACGCAUCUGUCUCCUGGAGCGGCUGGUAUCGUCUCUUUAUUAACAACAUGAGCGCUCAUAUCCCAGACACGUGUGUUGCGAGGUACAGAUGUGGCACUGAUGUCGCACUGUGGAUCCGUGGUGGACACCCAACAGUAACAGAUGGAGUCGUCACUCGAGAUGUCUGCGGUAACUGGAACAAUUACUGCUGCUAUUACGGGUCUUAUCCCAUUAAAGUCAAAGCCUGUCCAGGAGAUUAUUAUGUCUAUGAGCUGGUCAGACCAACUGUCUGUAAUUCAGCAUACUGUGCAGACACUGGCAGCAUUAACACCAGCCCUACAACUGUCACACCAGUGACCAUCUCACCUGACCCCUGCAACACCUACACUGUGCUGGACAAUCCAUGGAGAUCCAUCAAUAAUACAAAUGCUCCAGUCAGAAACUGUGACACGUCUGUCUCCUGGAGCGGCUGGUAUCGUCUCUUCAUUAACAACAUGAGCGCUCAUAUCCCAGACACGUGUGUUGCUCAGUACAGAUGUGGCACUGAUUACCCACUGUGGAUCCGUGGUGGACACCCAACAGUAAGAGAUGGAGUCGUCACUCGAGAUGUCUGCGGUUACUAUUACAAUUUCUGCUGCUUUUACGGGUCUUAUCCCAUUAAAGUCAAAGCCUGUCCAGGAGAUUAUUAUGUCUAUGAGCUGGUCAGACCAACUUUCUGCAAUCUUGCAUACUGUGCAGACACUGACAGCAUUAACACCAACUCUACAACUGUCACACCAGUGACCAUCUCACCUGACCCCUGCAACAACUACACUGUGCUGGACGAUACAUGGAGAUCCAUCAAUAAUACAUAUGCUUCAGUCAGAAACUGUGACACGUCUGUCUCCUGGAGCGGCUGGUAUCGUCUCUUCAUUAACAACAUGAGCGCUCAUAUCCCAGACACGUGUGUUGCGAGGUACAAAUGUGGCACUGAUGUCCCACUGUGGAUCCGUGGUGGACACCCAACAGUAACAGAUGGAGUCGUCACUCGAGAUGUCUGUGGUUAUUAUAUCAAUUUCUGCUGCUAUUUCGGGUCUUAUCCCAUUAAAGUCAAAGCCUGUCCAGGAGAUUAUUAUGUCUAUGAGCUGGUCAGACCAACUCUCUGUGAUUCAGCAUACUGUGCAGACACUGGCAGCAUUAACACCAGCCCUACAACUGUCACACCAGUGACCAUCUCACCUGACACUGGCAGCAUUAACACCAGCUCUACAACUGUCACACCAGUGACCAUCUCACCUGCUAAUCUGUCAGACCCCUGCAACAACUACACUGUGCUGGACAAUCCAUGGAGAUCCAUCAAUAAUACAAAUGCUUCAGUCAGAAACUGUGACCAGUCUGUCUCCUGGAGCGGCUGGUAUCGUCUCUUCAUUAACAGCACUAGCGCUCAUAUCCCAGACACGUGUGUUGCUCAGUCCAGAUGUGGCACUGAUGCCCCACUGUGGAUCCGUGGUGGACACCCAACAGUAACAGAUGGAGUCGUCACUCGAGAUGUCUGCGGUCACUGGAACAAUUUCUGCUGCUAUUUCGGGUCUUAUCCCAUUAAAGUCAAAGCCUGUCCAGGAGAUUAUUAUGUCUAUGAGCUGGUCAGUCCAGCUUGGUCCAAUUCAGCAUACUGUGCAGACACUGGCAGCAUUAACACCAGCCCUACAACUGUCACACCAGUGACCAUCUCACCUGACCCCUGCAACAACUACACUGAGCUGGACGAUCCAUGGAGAUCCAUCAGUAAUGGAUAUAACUACUACUGUGACACGUCUGUCUCCUGGAGCGGCUGGUAUCGUCUCUUCAUUAACGGCAUGAGCGCUCAUAUCUCAGACACGUGUGUUGGUCAGCACAGAUGUGGCACUAUAACCCCACUGUGGAUCCGUGGUGGACACCCAACAGUAACAGAUGGAGUCGUCACUCGAGAUGUCUGCAGUUACGCUGGGAGUUUCUGCUGCUAUCACGGGUCUUUUCCCAUUAAAGUCAAAGCCUGUCCAGGAGAUUAUUAUGUCUAUGAACUGGUCAGACCAACUUUCUGUCAUUCAGCAUACUGUGCAGACACUGGCAGCAUUAACACCAGCUCUACAACUGUCACACCAGUGACCAUCUCACCUGCUAAUCUGUCAGACCCCUGCAACACCUACACUGUGCUGGACAAUCCAUGGAGAUCCAUCAGUAAUGGACCUGGCUCCAUGUGUGAUCAGUCUGUCUCCUGGAGCGGCUGGUAUCGUCUCUUCAUUAACAGCACUAGCGCUCAUAUCCCAGACACGUGUGUUGCUCAGGGCAGAUGUGGCACUGGUAUCGCACUGUGGAUCCGUGGUGGACACCCAACAGUAACAGAUGGAGUCGUCACUCGAGAUGUCUGCGGUGACGCUGUGAGUUUCUGCUGCUUUUACGGGUCUUAUCCCAUUAAAGUCAAAGCCUGUCCAGGAGAUUAUUAUGUCUAUGAGCUGGUCAGUCCAACUACCUGUAAUAUGGCAUACUGUGCAGACACUGACCGCAUUAACACCAGCCCUACAACUGUCACACCAGUGACCAUCUCACCUGAUGUCUUAAGACUGUACUUGGCCUCUUCAACUGUAACACCGGUGACGACUGCAGACCCCUGCAACACCUACACUGUGCUGGACAAUCCAUGGAGAUCCAUCAAUAAUGGAUAUAACACCUACUGUGACCAGUCUGUCUCCUGGAGCGGCUGGUAUCGUCUCUUCAUUAACAACAUGAGCGCUCAUAUCCCAGACACGUGUGUUCCUUAUCAUAGCAGAUGUGGCACUCACAUCGCACUGUGGAUCCGUGGUGGACACCCAACAGUAACAGAUGGAGUCGUCACUCGAGAUGUCUGCGGUUACUGGGACAAUAACUGCUGCUAUUUCGGGUCUUAUCCCAUUAAAGUCAAAGCCUGUCCAGGAGAUUAUUAUGUCUAUGAACUGGUCAGACCAAAUUUAUGCACUCUUGCAUACUGUGCAGACACUGACCGCAUUAACACCAGCUCUACAACUGUCACACCAGUGACCAUCUCACCUGCUAAUCUGUCAGACCCCUGCAACACCUACACUAUGCUGGACAAUCCAUGGAGAUCCAUCAAUAAUGGAUAUAACACCUACUGUGACACGUCUGUCUCCUGGAGCGGCUGGUAUCGUCUCUUCAUUAGCGGCAUGAGCGCUCAUAUCCCAGACACGUGUGUUGCUCAGGGCAGAUGUGGCACUUCUAUCCCACUGUGGAUCCGUGGUGGACACCCAACAGUAACAGAUGGAGUCGUCACUCGAGAUGUCUGCGGUAACGCUGGGAGUUUCUGCUGCUAUUUCGGGUCUUAUCCCAUUAAAGUCAAAGCCUGUCCAGGAGAUUAUUAUGUCUAUGAACUGGUCAGACCAACUCUCUGUACUUCAGCAUACUGUGCAGACACUGACCGCAUUAACACCAGCUCUACAACUGUCACACCAGUGACCAUCUCACCUGGUAAUUCUACAGAUCAGGGCUGUAUUUCCCAAAAUCAUCAUCAUAAGUCUGAGUUGAUGGCAGAGCAGCGGACACCAAUGGCCUCUACGAUCAACUAA